GACUCAGAGGAGCGACUCCAUGGAAGCCACCUCAGCUAUGGGGACCAGCUGCCCCUAGCUCUGGCCAGAUCUUGGACCCCUCCCUAGAACCUGAUUCUGCCCUUCCCAAGACAAGACACCAGCAUCAUGGCCCUUAGGCCCCCCAGGAUAUGUGACCAACAGCCCCAAGACCUUGCCACGCUGGAGUCCACAAUGAGAGCACUGAGAGUAACGCAGCCAGGCAGCACCCAGGGGUCUGGCCUUGGCCCUGCGCCCUACCAGAAACCCCAAUGCCAACAAGUGAAGGUGACCAGAGUCAGGACGCCUUCAGCGGGGUCCUUCCAGCUGGAACGGCCUGAGGUUCUCCCUGCCCAGAGCCUGACUGAUGGGCAUCUGGAUGGCAGUGGCUGUGCAGAGGAAGGGGCUAGCAGUAGGCCCCCCAAGCCCCCCCGGCUGCCCACCUCUGGGCUUGAAUCCUGGCACAGGUGGGGCCCACAGCCCCUGGAUGCUGGCAGGGUGACCCUGGCCCCAGAGCAGAAGUGGACCCUGGAGGAAAGCCAUGGCCUAAGGCCGAGCCAGAGUCUGCCGGACAAGACGCCUCCUGUGCCUGGCCCCAGGACGGGCCAGUUGUACCGUUGCCGGGACCGCCUGGACAGCUCUUCUCUGACUUCUGGACCCGCCCCCUUCUGGGGGCUCUGGCAGAAUCCAUGGCGGGGCCCUGGCAUUGGCCGUAAGCCCCUGCCACUGUCCGAGCGGGUGGAGAAGAACCGGCUGCUGCUGAGGGAGAUGCUGAGUGUGGGGGGUCCGGCCACCCGGAAGCCGUCCUGGGACAGAACCACACCAGAGUUCCCAUCGCCAGCGGAGGUGGACUCAGAGCAGAGCAGGACCUGUCGGUCCCCAUCAGAGCCCACUCACAAGCCUAGCCCAGAGCAGCCUCUGCACGCUCGCAUAAAGGCCAGGACGAGGCCCCUCCGCGCCAACCACGACAUCAUGCCCAGCCUGGCACUGGAUAGCGGCAGGGCCAUCUUAGGGACACCCCGCAAGCUGGAGGAGCAGGCGGAGGCCACAGACCCACCCAGAAGCCGCCUACUCGGCCCCCAGCAUACCCAGUCCUGUGCCAGACACCCCCCGCUGGCAAGCAGCAACUGUACUAAAGGAGGCACCCCUGGAGAAGCCACCGUGGAUGGGGCAGAGGUGGAGUUCUGUGGCCUGAAGCCGCAGCGAGCCCUGGAGGAGCCCAGAAACGGGGGACCCCAGGCUGUGGUUGGUUGUGCCCUCUCCAAGAAGCCUCAGUCCAGCCAGGAAGCAGAGGGGACCCGGCAGAGGGCUGAGUCCACUUCUGGAUGUCCCACAUCAUUCGGCACUGUGCCUCCCCAAAUCCCCAAGGAGUUUUGUGAGACCAGGGCUUGUCUGAGCUGUUUUCACCAAUGCUUCAAGCAUAAUCCCACAAAUGGCUGCCCAUCCUCCACAAGUCCCUGCCCCUCACGGGCCCCCUGGCAUUACAGAGUGUCGACAGAAAGUCAGGUGGACCAGGACGGGAAAAGCAGUGGAGGCCGGUUUGCCUCAGGCCUGGGGCUACGAAAGCUCUUCUCAGGCCUGGGGAAGUCUCGCAGUCACAGUGUGGGGCAGCUGGAGCCUACGUCUGGCCCUGAUGCCCAGGCUAGCACCCCAGAAGUGAGGAGGACCCCAUCCUUUCAGCUCCUGCAUCUGGUGUCGCGCUCGCCCCAGCACCCGAAGGCCGCCUCCUGCCACAACCUCCAGGCCCUGCUGAGCCGAGGGGACCGGGCCAGCCUCUACAUGGUCGAGGAGCCGGAGGGGGACGGGGCCAGGGGAAGCAGGCCAGUCGGGCUCCCACCACAGCGAGCACUCAGUGUGGAGGAUGUGGGGGCCCCCAGCCUGGCACGUCCUGUGGGCCGCCUGAUGGAGGCGUUCCCAGAUGGCACUAGCCAGUUACAGCUACAGUGUACCCCCGGGGGGAACUUUGGCUUCUGUGUGGCUACAGGCAAUGGGCGCCGGGACUCAGGGCUAUACGUGCGAGAGAUGGCUGACGUGGGCACAGCCAAGCUGUACUCGGGGCUUCUGGCAGUGGGCGACGAGAUCCUGGAGGUGGAUGGAGCCAAGGUGGCAGCGCUGGGCACUGCCCACGUGCAGCAGCUCCUGGCCUGCACCAACAGCGUGUCCCUCCGCGUUCUGAGACAGCGGCCGACACCCUGA